GUUAGUUGUUUGUUAGGGUAUGAAUCUGCCAAUGAAAUAAAAUUACUCAUUCGUAGCUGCUUCGAUGAAUCUAGCUUUAAAGUUUAUGCAUUAACGUAAUUCAUAUCCAUAAUCACUCAUCAAAUUAACCAAAGCCACAUAAAGAGUGGAACAGAAUAUGGUCAUUGCGCAUGGCACCCUCCAAAUUACAAUGUGCAUGUGGCGAUUCGGAGCCACUUCGCACUUUCAUCUAUCUCUUUGUUUGAGGAUUGCAGCAUUGAUUUGUAAAUAAUCAGUGGGGUUGCUGUUGGUUGUCGAACCCAUGGUUGAAAUCAAAAGCUUUUCAAACAGCAUGUUUUGUGUAGAAGUUUGCUCAUACAAGAGUGGUUUUCAAGUAAAGGUCUAAUGUAAAUUCACUACAUUAGCUUCAUGAAGAGCUGAGAAAAUGAGUUACAUGAAAGACCAACCACGUUCCUCAGUAAAACAUCAAAAAUCAGAAAGCAAUAGCACCUACAAUACUGGAGAAUCCAACCCUGGAAAUAACCUUUGGACAGAUGGGCUUAUUUGUGCUUUCGAAUUUGUUCAAGGACGAAAAAAACCAAUUAAACAUAGGUCCCCAUUGAAGAUCUCAGACAAACUAAAUUUGGAUGUUUAUCAGUGCAAGAGGUCCGGCUCUUCAGAAGGUUUAACACAUGCUGCUUCUGGCAGGGCAGAUAAAGAUAAUCUCUCACAUCAUUCAUCUGUAAAUUCCUUGAGGGACAGUUCGCUUGGUGCCUCCGAUGAUGACAAAGAGAGCCAGGUUUCUCAGGGUGGCCAAUUUAAUGCUGCAGGAAAAUACGAGGGUGGUCAUUGGGUACCGAUUGGAUGGAAAAGAAUUGUGCAACUUGUUCAAACAGUUCAGGUUGAUGCAGACUGGGGUUAUCAUCAAAUUGAAAUCGAGGAUCAAGAAGAUGAAUUAACUGUAGCAGAUUUGGCAGCUCCUUAUUGGGAGUACCCAGCUGGGCCUAUAUGGUGGUGCCAUGUUUGUGCAGGUCAUCCCAAUGUUGAGACUUGGCUCAUUAAUGCUAAAUGGCUACACCCUGCUGUUAGUUUAGCUUUGAGAGAUGAAAGUAAACUAAUAAGUGAGAAGAUGAAACACCUUUUCUAUGAGGUCCCAGUCAGAGUUGCAGGAGGGCUCUUAUUUGAGCUAUUGGGCCAAUCGGCAGGUGAUCCUUUUAAUGAAGAAGAUGACAUUCCAGUUGUCGUUAGAUCUUGGCAAGCACAAAAGUUCCUAUUAACUGCAAUGCAUAUAAAAGGAUCAGUGUCCCGGAUAAACGUUCUCGGUAUCACAGAAGUUCAGGAGCUUCUUUCUGCUGGAGGUUAUAACAUGCCAAGAACAGCGCAUGACAUUAUAGCACAUCUUGCAUGCCGUCUUUCUCGGUGGGAUGAUAGGUUAUUCCGUAAAUCUAUAUUUGGGGCAGCAGAUGAGAUUGAACUGAAGUUUAUGAACAAGAGAAACUAUGAAGAUUUAAAUCUUUUUAGCGUAAUUUUAAAUCAAGAAAUCAGAAGGUUAUCAAGACAGGUUAUCAGAGUGAAGUGGUCACUCCAUGCAAGAGAUGAGAUUGUCUUUGAGCUUCUCCAACAUUUGAAAGGAAACACAGCGAAAAGCUUAUUAGAAGAAAUUAAAAAGAGUACAAGGGAAAUGAUUGAGGAGCAAGAAGCAGUCCGUGGACGCUUGUUUACCAUUCAAGAUGUUAUGCAGAGCAAUGUGCGAGCUUGGCUGCAGGAUAGAAGCCUUCGGGUGACCCAUAAUUUAGCUGUAUUUGGUGGUGUCGGUGUUGUCCUUACCAUCGUUACAGGGUUAUUUGGGAUCAAUGUUGAUGGAAUGCCUGGGGGAGAAAACACGCCAUAUGCAUUUGGUGUCUUCGCGGCCGUCCUUGUCCUUUUAACAGCGGUGCUGAUUGCGGCUGGCUUGGCGUACCUUGGCCUGAAGAAACCUAUUAAUGAGGGCCAGGUUGAGGUUAGGAUGCUUGAGCUUCAAACAUUAGUGAAGAUGUUUCAACACGAGGCAGAGACUCAUGCGCAAGUCCGGGGAAACAGAAAUGUGUCCCGGAAUAACUUGCCUCCUACUUCCAGCGAAGGUGUACAUAUUGAUCCGGACUCUCUUCUCAUACGUUAGAAGAUAAUAUGAUCGCUCAAGCAUGUUUUGACAUUACAACAAUUUAGACUUUGGAGGCGACAAGUUUUUCCAAGUCUAAAGUUGAAAAGGCAUGAGUUGAAAAAGCAGUUCUUUAGCUCUAAUCAGAAACUAUGGCAGGAUGAGAAAUCUGUGAUUAGUUGAUGACUAUUUAAGGAAAUACUGUCACUACCACAUUAUUCUCAAAAGGUUGAAAUUCUUCCAAGAGUAUACUAUUCAUCAAAACCAGAUAAAUAAAAUUUCCAUAUAGAUCAAUUUUUUAUCUUUCUGGAGAACAAUGAUUAUCUUUUUUGUUGUUGUUUUCUUUCAUUGAAGAUGUAGUUAAGCGGAUAUGUAGAAAGUUUCUGUUAUCAAACACUGAAGGGAAGUGAAAAAUACGAUACUAGUGAAAAUUUAUACUUUCCAAUUAGUCAAAUAAA